AUUUAAGCAUGGUCCAAAGUUAGAAAAGGUGCCAAAAGAAUAAUACCCUCAAGUUGGGGAACCCAGAGCCAGACAUCAAGGUCCACUACGCCAAAUUCACCUCAAAUAGGCUGCAUGGUAGAAACGCACCAUUUUUUCUUUGGGGAAAUCUUGUUUCCUGCCUUCAAACCUGAGCCAAUUAUGAAAAAAAUCAAACAGGUGUACUGAAACGCAAAAUCCUGCCAUAUGAAUAAAUACAAAACUAUAAAAUACAAAGGAGCAUUGUUCUGUACAGUACAUAGAGAAUUAGAAAUAAAAAAGGAGAGUGUAACACAGUGUACAGAGAAGACAGAACACCCCAUUAUUGUUCAGCGGGUCCCCCUCACCCUGCCCUUAUUUCCACAAUGGCUGCUCUCCGCUGAUUCAUCCAAACCUGUUGAUCUGAUGAGUGCGGUCCAUUUCUGGGUCAGUGAACAGCUUGCCAAGCUGCUGCUCUGAAUAGGGAACAGAGGAGAGAGGCCAUACAUUUUAGACUCUCACCCGAAAACACACACAGGCCAACUACACACUCACACAACACAAAUACACACAUGUUACACUGUUAACCCACUAUUCAAAUGCUGACACAUACUGUAUGUCCUGCCAAAGGAACAGCGGAGUUCACGGAGAACUUUAGAUGUAAGUACUCUGCACUCGUUUACCUUUCUUUCCCCUGCAGGUCACCUGUGCAAUAGAUACUGCUUUUUUUUCUUUAUUAUUAUGAUGCAAUUAUGCCAAGCUGUAAAAAAUAGCAAAUGGAAAAGUAUUACACAUGGUUCUACAGUUGCUGAAAUUGGACGUGUGAAUUCGUCAGCAGGUUUAAAUGACAGUUUGUGGUCUAGUUAGUGAGAAGAUGUUUUCACAUUGUUUCGUUAAUUUUGAUCAGUCAAGAGCUCAAGGUAAGAGAUGUGUUUCAAUUAGUUUCAUUCGGAUGCUGCAAGAAAUAUAUUAAAGAAUUAGAGUUUGAUCAUGAAAACCUUGCAAGUGACUGACAAUGCAAAUCCUAACUGUUCUGGUUGAGGUAGCAAAUACUUCUUGCUUAUGAAAAUUGGCUUUUUAAUCUGUUUUUUUUCCUGACACGAUAAAGACUAAUCAUACUUUUUGUAUAAGGUAAAUUAAAGGAAAAGUAGACAUGUGGCAUUGGAAGAAAACUUCGAUGCAAUUACACUGUGAUGCCAAAAUGCCAGCCUUACUAAAUAAAUAAAUACAUUAAUAUACAAACUUUCUAAGGACUAACCUUUGUCAGUCCGUUCCCUGAUAGCUGGAGUAAAAUCCCUCAGCAGCUGAUUCUCUUCAUCUCUCUCAGAGGAUUUUGUUACACACCAGUGAGAAUGAGGUCGCCCUAUUUCCCAGCGAGGUCGGUGCUGUUCCGCAAGGAGCCAAAUGGGGUGACAUACCGAGUCCCAGCUCUGCUCUACCUGUCCCGCUCCAGCUCCUUCUUGGCCUUUUGUGAGGAGAGACUCAGCCCGUCUGACUCUGAGGCUCACCUGCUGGUCAUGAGGAAAGGGACCUUCUACAGGAACUAUGUGGAGGUCAGUGAAGGAGAACUGUACUUUUUUUGUUUGCUUCUUGUUAUCGGUAUGAAUUUCAGUCCAUUUCACAAAUGUGCUUUAAAACUCCUAUAUGGAACUUUAUUUGGGGGGUUAUUGUAGAGCCCCUUUGUACAGACACCUCUUCUUUCUUCGCUGAUUUUGUCCUACAUAUGUGAGAAGGUUUACUGAGGAUGUGCUGUCUUUCUACAGUCUUUAAAUAGUUUGUGCUGGAAAUGAAAAAAGGGGUUGUCUUUAGUGUGCUGUUAUUUGUUAUUCAAAUGUACAUUUCAUGUGUUUUCUGGCAAUAACAGCCUAUUUUCUGUCGUUUUCAAUAUCUCAGGAUAAUUUUCUGGCAAUGAUGGGAUAAUUGUCCAGCAAUCUAGAAAACAACACAAUAGGCUGGUCAUUGUAAAAGCCAGACAACAACAUGCCAUGCUGCCAUUGCACACACUAAUAGAGCAGGUUCAGUCUGUGUUUGUAACUGUAAAAGUUAUGAUCAUCUGAUAUUAAAGCUCCUGUGAGUGGUUUCACACUGGUUGUGAAACAGAUUGAAAUUGAUGCUGAUGAUGAUUUAAUAUUUAACAUCCACAUUUCAUUGUCAAAAGAAAGCAGGAUAAGAUUUUUUGUAAGAACAUUUUAUCAUUUUUGUCUUAGCUCCACCAACAAUUGGUAUGAAGCAAAAGUUCCCUACAGGAGCUUUAAGUCGUAAUCUUGAGAGGCAACUGAAAUUGACUUUUUAUGACAGGACAGUUGAGUUAAAAUGAACAUAAAGAUGCUUUUUACUGCUUAGCAUAUCUGUAAAUGGCAUUAAUAUGAUAAAGAAUACAUGAACAUAACCAUACUGAUGUAUCAAUAGAGAUAACACUAACAUUAUAACAACUAGACUUAAUUGUCUUUGUGCCAUCAAGGCCAUCAAGAAAGUACAAACAAAACAAAGAAACUCAGUUAAAAAAGUGAAUAAGUUAUCUUUGAGUGUAGACUAGAAUAUCAGAGAUGGAAUUUGUGAACUGAGCCUCUGAUUUGGAGUAUUUCAUCAUGUUUAACUUUGUCUUGAACUUUAUCUUCGGCCCUCUGCUGCCUCUGUUCACAUUAAAUGUCAUAUUUUUGACAGUACAUGGUUCUCUCUGAUCGUCCUUCCCUCUGUUUUCCAGUGGGAGGACAUGCGUGUUCUGGGCACUGCCUUCCUGCCAGGUCACCGCUCGAUGAACCCGUGUCCGGUGUACGAUGAGUUCACAGGUACCCUCUUCCUGUUCUUCAUCUCUGUCCUGGGACACACCUCUGAGUCCUACCAGCUGGUUACGGGGAAGAACGUGACCCGACUCUGCUUCAUCAGCAGCACCGACGACGGAGACACCUGGAGUCCUGUCACUGACCUCACACAGAGAGUGAUAGGAGACACUAUUAAAGGUCAGAAUACAGAGCCAAAAAUCGACUGAUUUAAAUGUCCAAGUUGAGAAAAAAUCAGUGUGAAGGGUGUAAACUACAUCAAUAUUAAAUUCUGAUGUCACUUCCCUGCAGAAUGGGCCACCUUUGCUCUCGGCCCAGGCCACGGGAUCCAGCUGAAGUCUGGUCGCCUGCUGAUUCCUGCCUACGCCUACCACAUCGACUGCAAAGAGUGUUUCGGCACCUUCUGCCAAACCACUUCCCACGCCUUCUGCUUCCACAGUGACACCCACGGGCGAACGUGGCGCUUCGGGGAGGCGGUUCCAGGCCCAGAGAGCGUGGAGUGUCAGAUGGUGUCAGUGGAUGAGGAGGAUGGGACUAAUGUGCUGUACUGUAACGCUCGCAGCCCUCUGGGUUACAGGGUGCAGGCGCUCAGUCUGGAUGAUGGAGCUGCGUUUCAGGAGGGACAGCUGGUGCAGCGGCUGGUGGAGCCUCGGAAUGGUUGCCAUGGUAGCAUAGUAGGAUUUCCUGCCCCUUUGCACCUGUGUCAAUCUCUGCCUUAUCACUUACAACAACCUUCACAUCCCUCCAGACACUGGGCACCCUAUGUAUCCCACUCAGAUUCCACCAUACCUCCUUCUCCAAAUCAAAGCCCCCCUCCAGAUUUCCUCACCCCAACCUGGGUUGUUUACUCCCACCCAACAUGGACCACUGCUCGCAAAGACCUGGGCGUGUUCCUCAGCCUAUUCCCUCGGGAUCCUGAUAGCUGGCGCGGCCCCUGGGUGAUCUAUGAGGGCCCCAGCGCCUACUCCGACCUCGCCUACUUGGAGUUGCCGUCCUCACCUGGAGCCCCGCCCGCUGUGGCUUUCGCCUGCCUGUUUGAGUGUGGCACCGCCACGGCUUAUGAUGAAAUCUGUUUCAGCAUCUUCACCCUCUACGAGCUCAUCGAUAACCUGCCUGGAAAUGUGCAGCUCGGUCGCAGCUGUGAGGAAUGGAAAUGGCAGAGGAAUAAAAAGCCUGAAAAAAGUGGACAUGAUGCUUUGGUGAGGAAGAGGAGGAGAAACAAGCUCACAAAGAUGUGCUCUGUGUCUUAGAAUUACCUUGUGGAGUUCUGCUACCGAUGGAAAUGAUGAGCUUAGAUAGAUGACGGCUGUACUAUCAAACAAAAUGGAUUUGGAGUUAUAAUGAGGCCCAGAUUUCACAUUUAUGAACCUAUUUAGAUAAAUGUUUCCUCACCUAGGCCACUCUGGUGUGCCUAAAUUCAGAUAUCUUAAACCUGAUCUGGAGCGAAAGAGUAGUUUUGUUUUGACUCCAGAGAACAUUGAUUCCCUGAUGCCUUCUCAAAUAUUGUCUUAUGUGGGCUAAAAAAGGCUUGUUGCUGUUGUUGUGUUGAAAUGAUGCCUUGGUGUUUGAGAGGAUUUGAUGUAUUAAAAGUAAUCAGGUUCACAGAUUUGAUGUCAUCUUCUUCAAAGCUCAUGUGAGGGACUUUCAGUUUGUGUUGAUUUUGUAUUUGAAGUUUGAAGUUUCGCCCAGCUGAUCUGUAUGAUAUGACUCCUUCCCAAAGGUUACAUUUCAUUCUUGAUGAACUUGUGAUUUGUCAAUACGAAACAUUUUGAAAUACAUUAUUAUUGCUUAUGGAAAUCAUGUCAGUAACCUUUGUUUCGAAUGGUUUCAAUGAAGGACUUAUAAGAAACUCCACGUGUUAAAACCUUUUUAGGGGCUGAGCUGUCCUACAAGUCUGAUCCUAAAAUCACUGCUGCUGUUAACAUAUCUACUGAAUAGGGCUGCUGUGAUGUAGAGGUAUUUACAGUGAAUGUUUUUACUAAAAUCGUAAGUAUUGAUAUGAAAAUAAGCAAAUAUAAUACCUGAGUUCAUAGCUGAGGUCCUUUAUGCUUUUUACACGUCAUCCAACAGAGGAGAGAUGAAGACGCAGCAGCAGCAGCAGCAGCAGCAGAGAGCUUGUGAACUCUUUCUUCUAAAAUUCAGUAUUUUAUAAACUCAUAUGCAAAGCUGUAGCUUGCCCCCUUUCUAAUCAAUCGAACCUUUAUGCUUUCUAUUUUUGACUGUUUUCAUUCAGUUCUGUAACUUGCUCAUAUUUUUUUUUAAAAGCAUGAUUUUACAAUGUGUAAACAAAGAAAUUUGGACAGAAGACAGAAAAAUAUGAAAAUAAAAACAUGGCAUACAAAA